UGUUUACAAAAAAAAAAUCAUAGGUCGAAGGCAGUGUAAUUUUAACCUUUUCUAAUUUCAUUUGAUUGUUUGAAGUUUUAAGUAAAAUUAGUGUACCUAACAUCGAGAAGCGGAAUUAAAUCUCAAUCAUUAUCCAGUGACAUCUUUUAUAUACCUCUAUUAUAGAUCGACUGUAUAGAAUUGUUAUCAUCUACCAUUGAAAGAUUGUUUUGUUGUUAAUGAAUUGUAACAAAAUAUGUUUAUUAUAAGAAAAUUUUCAAAUUAAUUUAAAGAAGGUAUCUUAAAAAUAUUUUAUAAUUAAUGAAUAUGGAAGGCUUAAGUCAAAAUGAGAAGAUUGUUUGGAAUUGCUGGGAGGACAAAUCUCCGAGAGACGUAGUUCGUGAAGCAGCAGCUAAGGGGACUCAUAUCAAUCUUGCUAUUAAAUAUCUUAAGGCCAAAAACUCUUGGAAUGAAUCAGCAGCGAGGGAUUGGUUUAUGGCAGAGGUCAAAGCAUGGACAGUUCAACUAUUAAUGAGGAAACAAAUAUUUAAAGUACUACACAUUUUAAAUAAAUGUAACAUCAAUCCUGAGGAACAUUUAAUGACUCUCGCAAAGUCCUCGGCUCAAAUUGAAUACAGAGACUUCAUUGUGGAAAAUAUACAAAAACUUACCAUAGAUAUGAACAGUAAUAAUAUUAGUAAGUGGGAUGACUUUAAAAGACACUGGAACUUGCUCCGUUACUUAGAAAAAUCAUUUGAAGUGGAUGGUACAUUUAAGCAGAAUAAAGUUUUCGGUAUUGGAAAUGAUAGGGUUUUUGUAAAUGAGUCUGAAAUCAAAUCUUUGACUAUUGAAAAGAUUGAGAAAUACUCGCCAGAAUGGAAAUGCAAAAUUGGAACUGCUUUAUUCUUUGAUACUUUUGAAUUUUCUUUACUGGAUUUAUCUUCUCCUGUUCAAAUGUGGAAUUACUUGGUGGAGCAUAAUAAAUCCAUGAUUCUUGUACGUUGGAUAAACGUUCAGAUGUCGGAAGUCGUGCGCGACAUGAAUGCUCGAUACAAUUUCUUUAACAACGAUAAUUUCGUGCAAAAGCUUUUAAAUGUUGAUACUAGAGGCUUCGAAAAUGAAGUGCUCGAUACUUUGGACGAAAUAUUUCGUAAGUGGCCUAUUUCUGAAGAAAUGAUUCAAAAGAUAGCAGUAUGUGAUUGCUUUGAGUACACUAAAAUGUGUAUUUAUGAUACUUUAUCUUCAUAUGGAAUCAUUGUAGAGAAGGAACGCAAGGACUUGUACCAGAUUAUUGCUCGAUUAUCUAGAACUCAAAAUCUAAAACUAAUUGAUGAUAUAUUUUCUGAGUCUUGUGCGACAAUGGGUAUACAAGAAUUUUAUUUAGAAUUGGCGAAGUAUUAUGUAAAAAACAAAUUGUACAAAGUUCUAACGAUUUGCAUUGAGGGUCAUAUAUUAGAUAUCGAUUUGUCGGAGGUAGAACAGGAUGCCAGAGAUUGCAUAGAGCUGUGGUUGUUAUUUAAAAGCAUUGAACAAACUUCCGACAGGCAGAGUCAUGUUGUGCCAGUUUACAAAACUUGCCAACAAAUAGCUAAAGAUGAUAUUGAUAAUUAUAUUUCUUCUAAUCCACAUUUGGUGUUAGGUAUGAUCUUAUUGGAAGACAAUGCAAAUCUAUUUGACAUAUUUACUAAGGAAGAAUUUAUGCAAUUCAAAGACUUUAAAUUACCAAAUAAAGGCUACAAACGCAAAUUACCACAUUUAUACAAUAUUUACAAGAAACAUUCAAGUGAAAAUAGCUUAUACGAAUGUAAAGACGUAAACGUCUAUCAAUUACUUUCUGGAUAUCGAGGCUUAGAUGUGUCGAAAAUAUUUGAAUUUCAAAUAAUUAAUAUGAACCCAAGUUAUCUCAUGACUGAUAAAACCGACCGAAGAAGCUUAGGAAGUCUUUUGUCAAACGAAGUGGAUGUCCGAGGACUCAAAACACUUACUCAGAAACCAAUGGAUAUGCCCGACUUUGCUAACGACAAACUCAUGAAAAGAUAUGGAUAUGAUGCAAAAUUGAACCAUGUGUACUAUUUGAAACAGUAUCGUCCUUGUAAUGCAAGCCAAGCGUUUGUCUCACAACAAUACCAGACAUACAAUCGUCUACAAGAGAAGAGUAUUAAAAGUGCUUGCUGUGAAGCCCAUGCGUUGGCAUUACAGAAUUGGAACGAUCCCGCCAUGACAGCUUGCGCGAUAUCAUUCGUAGCAAUGAUUGGUUGUAACCCUACAAGAUGCAGAGUUCACAUAUCCGCUACUAAAAUGAUAAAAUAUCAUCUGGUCAGUCAGAAAGGAUUACCCGAAAAUGAAGCCAACAAAGUAAUUAACGAAUUUAUGACAAAACUCAUCCAAAACAACGAUGACACAGCAACAAUUAUUCUCCGUUAUUUAGAAGAGAUUACCCUGUACAGAUUGCAAGGAAUACAAGAGGCAAAAGGAAAAUUUGAUAUGUCAAUAGUUUUAUAUGAAUCUCAAACGAUGGUCAAAUUUGCAAUACUACAUAAUUUACCUCUGCCCGAAAUGCAGCUGAAACAAUUUGUCAAAAAUAAUUCUUGGUUUAAUUUCUUGCUUUUUGGAGACGUCUUUAGAUAUCCGCUAUCACAGAUGCUGCAGCUAUCUCAAGAGUUUGAGAAGAAAUCCUAUUCAGAGCAUUUAAAAUACAUAAUGAUGCAUCGGACCGCAGAAGAUGACAAAGAACAGAAAUCAAACUCAAGUAAUGGUCAAAGAAGAAUUAUGAGGCUUAAUUCUGUUGAUACGAGUCCAACCCAAAGCGUAUCGUUCGAUUUCCCGUCAAGCGCGUACAUGGGUCGAGAGCUGUGGGAGGUGGUGGCGGCCUGCCACGGACCCGAGGACCCGCCCGCCGCCUUGCUGCGAGCCGCUGACGUGUAUCGAGAGCCAUUGUUGGUUCUCGUUGCCAGUUGCUAUGAGCCAAAUGCUGUGGAUGUAUUAUGGGCACAUUGGAUACUCUCCUCUUUAGAACCAAACGCACGGAGCCGGGAGGCUUUACAAGCUGAAAUUGCGCAAAAUGUUCCGGCACAACUAUUUCAAAGAGUUGCUGAAAUCUGCCUCGCAGAAGGCUAUGUAGCAACUCUUUAUGAAUCCAUACUCAUAUUUAUGCCGGAAAGUCCUCUUCAAUUUAUCACAUCAUUUCUAUACCGGAGUGUCCGUCUACUUGUCUUUGAUUCGGAGACCAAAAAAUAUUUGUCUAAUUUUCUUCUGUAUUGUCAUCGGAGAUAUAGUGUUGAUGCGAACGGGUUAUCGUACGAAAUGUCGAAAGAAUCGAUGCAAAAAUUAGCAGUCUCCUUAAUUAAAAUAGCAUUAAUUCACAAUUUUGACAUGGCAUUCCAUCAAAAAGAAUUCCUGAAAUGUUUAUCUGAAACGCGAUUCGCACAAGAAUUUAUCGUUCCAACACCAAAUUUUGCAACACUACACGAAAUAUUCGAAAUAUCGAUGUCGACGUCAGCAGUUAUGAACAUAUCAAAAAUGUUGCAAGAAGACGCGAAAGACUAUUUCAUUGAGUGCGUUCUGAUGUACACGCGUAAUAAAAAUUAUGACGUAGCAUUAAAAAUAGCGAAACUAGCCGAGUUGCCAGUGGAUGAAAUUUUGAUAGCAGAAUGGGAAAAGAAAUCCAAUAACAUGAUAUUUAGGGAAGAAGGGCCCAUAGAGGAUGAAGACAUAACAUACUUCGUGGCCCAAUGCAGUGAAGCAUUUAAGGAUGCGGGUGUUACCUUAAAUAAGGCGGUUGAUUUCCUUUCCGGUAUUCCUGCUCACAUAACAAAGCGAGAUCAAAAGUUUUAUGCCUACAGAAUUAUCAUGGGUUGGUUUGAAGAAAACCAUAUUUAUGGAGAAAAAAGAGAACAAAUCGAACACGAAAUGUGGUACUGGUACGCACUGAUCGACCCUAAAACGACAAUAUUUCUUAACGAUUAUCAGGGUACCUUGAAAUAUAUUCUCAACAAUCAGAAGGAACCGACGGCGUCGCAAAAAAUGGAUAUGUUAUUCGAAGAAAAAUCUUUCUCACAGACUUUGCACGAGAUCGAAGUAGAAUCGGACGUGAUGAAUAUUGAGAAAGUUGAAAUACUAGAGGAGCAGGAUGAUAUCGAUCGUUGGCAAAAAACAAUUAAUAAACUGUUAGAGUUAAAACUUCCGGUAGAAGCAUUUCGUCUAUCGGUGCUCUUUAAAGUGUCAAACGAAUAUAUGUACAGGAUCCCGGCGUGCCCCGUACAGAUGACGCGGACGUGUCUGAGACUAGCCGAGGGGACGUGUUCGCCUUACGAACUGCCGCAGGAGUUGCGAUUGGUGAUUUCUUCACCCACGCUACAAAAUAAAUUGACUGUUUCAGAAGCUUCAGAAACAAGUUUCGAAGAAUUAGUCGUGAUACAAGAACGUCAAGACGGAGAAAGUGUCCCGCACUUGGCGGUCAGGGAAGAAGCCGAUCGAUUGUCUGCUUUAGAUGCACUUGCUGUUAAAAGUGGCCUCUCUGUAGCUAAACAGGUAGCAAAUUACUUCCGCAUUGCGCUACAAAUCGGUUGGGACUACACGUCGGUCUUAAAGUAUCAAAGCCGACCGUUGGAUUUCAUCAACUUGGUGAGCGGCAGAGCCCGCAUGUCGUUGGCUAAUCUCGUCUUCCGAACUUUCAAUAUACCAUCCAAACAGAUUGCCGAAUAUUUAUGCCGAGAGAUGGUCGCAGCAAUUAUAUCGCCACAUCUAGUAAAAAGUUCAACAUUCAGACAGAAGGAACAUUUUCAAUACACUCUCUGGGGCUACGUCCUCGAUUCCGAUAUCGAAAUGUUCUUGAACAUGCGGCCGGACGCGUGCAGCCAUAUCGGCAGACUCAUACUGGAUCACUUGAUAGCCUUCCAAAAAAUAUACAACGCAACAAACGCGUCGAUAAUACCUGAAAACACUUUGGACGAUAGUUGCCUCGACGUGGAAACCCUGAUCGACGAGGAGUACCAAAACGUGGAGGGCGAUGAGGUCGAAUCGAUUUUAACAGAAGAAGGUACACUCAUGUCGGCCGAAACCGAAUCCGUGUACUCGGUCUCCACAGUAUACACCGCAGGAAAUAAAAUGUCCCGCGACAGCAGAAGAAAUUUAUUCGACGUGAUAUCGAGGAGCAACGUCCACAUUAGAUACGAAGUCAAGUCAAACAUACGAAAGAUCACAAAGGGCGCCAAAUUGUCCACGAAACAGGUGAACAUAAUAUCGAUCGAGCUACUGGUGGUCGCGCACGAGUGCUUCUCCUGCGCGUGCGACACGGAGGGCGUGGGCGUGGCGCUGCGGUCGGCGCAGGCGCUGGCCGCCAGGCUGCUGGCCGCGCGCUCGUGGCGCCUCAUGGUGCGCCUGCUCACCGGCCUGGCGCGCUACACCGAGUGCGCCUACAUACUGCAGGCCCUGCGUGAUAAUCACCAGUUCGAGUUCCUGCUCGGACAGUUCGACUACAUGUUGGGUCAACAGCAAGACAAAAUCGCUGAAUUCAAACACGGCUUACUCGACUUUUUAAAAACUCACUGUCCGGGCGACACAGACACGUACAUUAUGGUCGCGCUACAUUUUAACAUGUACGCCGAAGCUGCAAACGUGAAAAAGAAGCAGGCUUUAAAUUUAAUACACGACCUAGAGAAAAUGGCAUCAGAUUCGACAAAAACUUCGAAGAAAACUCCCCAACCGGUUUGGCAUCUCAUACACGAUAAUGUUUCGACGAGAUCUUUACUCGAGACUGCGCUGAAUCACUGCACGGAUGCUUGUGAGUUGUAUCUUCAAGGUGGAUGUACUGGAUUUGCGGGUGAAAUGGCGACCCUCGCUCAACAGAUCGCGCUUCAAAUAUCCUUGCUAAAUGCCUCGCCCACAAGACUCAUUCUAAACAGGAGCACAGAGCAGACGUACAAUCUCGUCAGUGAAUAUUUAAGUUUCAUGGAGGGCUUGGUGCUUUUAUCGAGCGGAGGAGGUUCCAUAUGGCGGGAGUUGGCUUACCGACGCGUUCUCACUAAUGACCAGGUCUAUAUACGAGACAUGGCCAUCUAUAGGCCGGACAUCGCGCACGAAUUCCUGAAUAGAUAUAAAUCAGAAAAAAAGAAGACUCCGACAUCGCAGUCCGCUAUUGCAGAACUUCGCACCCUCAUUAGAUGAUAUAGGAUAAAAAGUCGUUAACGUUUUAAGAUCUCAAUGUAAUCUUCGCAUCUAGUUUAUUAUCCAAAGUGAAUUGUCUAACAUGAUAAUCAUUCUCUUGUUAUUAUAAUAAUUUUAUAUAAAAUGUUAGUACCGAUGGUGUUGAUUUUAAAACUUUUAAAUCGUUUAUAAUUGUUAAGUGUAUGUAUCGCUGUGAUAUUCUAAAUUGACUGAAAAACUUUAUUUUUGUAGCUUUGUAGUAUGAAAUUAAAUCUUUGUUAAUCAUCAA